CUCACGUGACACGAAGUUAGGUUAUGUUCGAUUUCGAGAUUUGAUUCGGAAAAAAAUUGUUUUGAAUGAAAAACUACUUGGUACAUACAUCGAACAGAAGUUUCAGGAAUUUUAUUGAAAGAGUUUAUUUUUACUAGAAACUCUGAAUGUCUGCAAGUGUCUUCUAGUGUCUUCGAUAACGCAAAAAAUGCCGCCGAAAUCAUUAAAGGAGAGUAUAACUUUUGUGAUAAAUGUUGGAAUCGUCCAACAUGGGACACAGAAUAAUUCACAACUGUUGGACAAUGAGAAGUUUAUUCUUAAACAUAUUAUUCAAAAGAAGAUAUUUCUACGUCCUAAGGAUGAAAUAGGAGUGAUAUUGAUGGGCUCAGAUGGUAGUAAAAGCGACAGUAUUACAGGAUUAGAUACUGCACAAGAACUAUGUACCAUGCAAUUUGGAAAUUGGGAUUUGAUAAAAAGCAUCGAGAAACUGCAACCCACAAAUCAAAUUUGUUCUUGGAUGGAUGCAAUUUAUGCUGCAGUUGAAUAUAUUAAACAUGAAUGCAUAGAUAAGUGUGAAAGGAAAAUAAUCCUAAUGUCUUGUUUCAACGAAGAGGAAGAUGUUGUUGGCGAAUUUCAGGCAGAGGAUAUAACACAGAUGUUAAAUUCAGAAGAAAUUUCAGUUAUAGCAAUUGGAGAGAGAGCAUUACAUGAUAUAGAUGAAGAUUUGCAAACACCUAGUGAAACAUUACUUAUGAAAAUUUUAGAACAGAUUAAUGGUCAGUAUCUCACUUUUAAACAUGCUAUGUCAGAUGUGCGCUUCUACAAACGACCAUCUACUAAACCGCAUCCGUGGAACUGCGUGAUGGAAUUGGGUGAAGUUCACAUUCCGAUCGUUGGAAUUUCUAAAAUGCCGACGGAGGUAAAGUUACCGGAAAUGAUAUUGAUGGCUAAGACAAGUACAUCCAAUACACCUGAUAAAGAAGUGCCAAUUAAGAAUGUCGCACAAUGGAUGGACAACAAUAGGACCACUCACACAGAAGAAGAUAUUAUCCGUGGUUAUGUGUAUGGUGGCAAAGCUAUUCCUGUUUCAGAUGAAGCUAAGAAAGCUAUGACUCCCAAAAACAAUGAGAAAUGUUAUAAGAUUCAUGGUUUUACAAUGAGAGAAAAUAUUCCUAUGGAAUAUUGGCUGUCGGAUGGCUCUUACGUUAUUAUGCCUGCUAACGAGAUAGCGAGUACGCCGUUUUAUAGUUUAGUGCAAGCCAUGGUUGAGAAAAAUGUUGUCGCAAUAGUAGAGAAGGUUUAUAGAGCGAAUGCCGAAGCAAACAUGAUGGCACUGUUUCCAAGUGUUGACUUAGAGAAUGAACCAUGGUGUCUUAUUGAGAUCGGUUUACCAUUUGAGCGAGAUUAUGGAGCAAUAUCGCAGAAACCAUUGAAAAGCGUGAUGAACCAACUGUCGCAGGAACAGAAUGACGUAAUGGAUGAUCUAUUAAGAUCCUUAGAAUUGCCCGAUGCUACCGAUGAUGACAUAACCGCCAAUAGUGACAAAUAUUUACCGGGAUAUAUGCCAGAUCCUGGAACGCAACAUGUGUGGGAUGUAUUAGCAGCUCGCGCGCUUAAUCCAGAUAAACCGUUGCCGCUUAUCGCCGAUGAUCUAUUAAAUCUUUUAGAGCAACCCGAAUUCAUAAAAACAAAAUGCAAACCAGUGACCGAAAGAAUACAAAAUUUGUUUUUCUUAGAGAAAAAGAAGCCUCUUAAGAGGCGUAAAAGAUCACAAGAAGAUGAUAAUAAACAAUCAGAUAAUAAUGAUGCGUCUAUGACACAGACAGUUAAAGAAAAGGAAAAAGAUAUCGGUAACAAUGAUAUAUUAGAUGAUAUUUCUGAUUUGUGUAAUUUCGAUUUUGAUGAUCUUGUUGAUACGUAGAAAGCUGUUAGCAGUAAUUAUUUUGGCA